AUGGAACAAAGAAGUAGCUUUGCCGCAUCCGACACGACAUACCACAGCUUCCUCGACAUUGAACUUCAAGAACCACCAUCUCCCCCGCGGAGUAGAGGAAGCGCGGUGGUUGUUGGCUCGAAUCAUGGCGGCCAACGCUCGGAGCAGCUCAAUCCCCAUGAAUUCGAAUCGGCAUUUCCAUCGGGAGCCAAGAUGCAGCGGCAGGACUCGGGGUACGAGUCGCACGUUUCCGGAUCAGCCCGAAACUCCAUGUCCCAGACGAGGCCGGGCCACCCUUGUCGGCCAGUAUCAAACGGGUCGUCUGGCGGCGGCGUUGCGACAACGUCGAGAUGCCGAACCGUGCGGCCGUCUACGCGCCGAUGGGCGAAAUCGUACCCUCAGCCCAACGCGCAAUCACUCUGCUCGCGUGCCAAAGCCAACGCCAACGCCGCCCAGACCACUGUGUACUUUCAGUUUCCGACACCCGACCUGGAUCUGGUGGAGCUGACGGAGACGACGCCGCGACGGCAGCCGUCUGCUCCGCCGCCUCCCCCGACCACGCACUACUGGACCAGCGACAGCACCCGCCGGCUGGAGUAUGCUGCCAUCGACGCUGCCAGCCGCGGCGUCAAGGGCUGGGUCAGGAGACACCUCGUCCCCGACUGCUUCACCCCACGGCAUGUCGCCUUUGACGACGACUCGGGCAGUGUCCGUCGCUACAGGCUUGAGCUCGAGGAGGAAGACGACGACGACGAGAAGAUGCGCCCGGCGGCAAAUGGCGCCACCGCGCAGCGUCGAAAAGGAAAAGGGUGGUUCGUGUUUUCUCUGCGCAGAAGCAGCACCCUCUAG